GUGCAAAAAGGAGUGAAAAUACCAGCAGAAGGAGUCUUGGAUUCAACUCAAUCCAAGCAAGAAAGCACAAAGGAUGCAAGAGCCUUAUUCAUCCUUCAACAAGCUGUGUCUGAAUCAAUCUUUCCAAGAUGGAUGAGGCCUAAUACUUCAAAAGGAGCAUGGGAAAUUCUGCAGUCCGAAUUUCAAGGAAAUGCAAAGGAUAUGAUAUGUUCUAUUGCUGAACUUGAAAGCGACAGACAACCCCUUGCUAUGCGGUAUGACCGAAAAACUAAGGAUACUACUAUAGGGAUCAUGCAACUUCCACUAAAAACUGCUGAGUGGCUGGUCAGUGAGUUGGGGUACAGGUCAUAUGAAGGGGAGGGGAAUCCAGAUUUUCUAUUCCGGCCUUUUGUAAGCAUAUAUCUUGGUGCUGCUUACAUUCAGUGGUUAUGCAAUUUUGAGCAUACAGAAAGAAGUGAAGAGUUCAUAGUUAGGUCAUAUAAAAGGGGUCCAAAAAAGGCAACUCAUAAAUCAACUUUGGCAUAUUGGAAACGGUAUCUUUCAGUCGAAGAAUGUCUUCCAUCCAGAAAAUUAUUUGAUAAUGGUCCUUUGUCGAAUGAUGCUUCAACAUCUACAACACCUGCACCUGCUUCACAAACUCCUGGCGUUGUUUACACAUAUUGGGACUCUAGAGCUUCUCCAGAGGACAUGGAAGAAUUGUGGAAUCAUCCUGAGGUCCUUAAAGAGUGGACUAAAUCUGGAGAGAGACGGGGAAAAGUGCGAUUUUCCCAUGAUGACAGCAAAAGGCCCUAUCUCUCACGGGUGGAACUAAAGGCAGUUGCUGAAAUCAUUUUGUCAAAACACUUCAGCACAAAAGCAGUUAAACCUACAGUUCUUUGUGCUCUUGCGGAGGUUGUUAACAUGCGUUUUGUCAAUGGAGUUGGCCCCCGUCCUGGAAUAAUGGGAAUUGACUAUUCAACAGCUUUCUGGCUUUACAUGGAGUUGGGCUACAAGGCUUAUAGAAUUGAUUCUGUUGACGAUCUAACCAAGCCAUUCGUGUCAAUGUAUUUUGGUGCGGCAUAUUUGGCAUGGUUAUCAGAAUAUGAAGGGAGGGAAAGAACUCCACAGUUUGUUGUUCAGGCUUUUAUUGCUGGGCCAAAGAAUGCGAAUCUUCAGGAGACAGGUCCAAUUUGUCUCAAAUUCCAGCAAACAUUGAGUAAUUAUGAAGACACGAAGAGGGAUGAAGUGGGCUGCACCAUCUUGUAAGCUGACAAACAUCACCUUACAUUUUUCAAAAGAUCAUCUGGUGUGUAUGCUUCAAGUUGCUAUAAGAAGUUAUAUACAGUCUAAAAGCAUUGUACAAAAGCCAAAAUAAGAUGGGGUGAACAUCUUUAUACAGCAGUUAUUGCUUUUAUAGAAUCAUUUAGUGGAUAUCUCUGGCAACCUUUUCUGUGAAAACUAUGGGGAACAGAAAAAAGCCAAAACAUUUCUCCUCAUUGGGCACUUUUAGAAAGGGAAAUAUUUUACCGACAAAAGAUUAUACAAAAGUAAACCACAAACUGAUGUGGCUUGAUGUUGUACGUCAGACUAAAGUUAUUUUUAUUAUAAAGUAGAUCUAACGGAUCUUAUAAAGCCACGUUAGUUUGUAGGUUUACAUUU